AUGUCAUUAACUGCAAUGGAACCAUCUAAAUCACGAACUACCUUAGAAAUUGUUCGAGAUGGUCCUGAUGGAAAGAUUAUCGGAUAUAAAGAAAUCGUAGUUGGUGAACCGAAUUUGACUGCAAAAAACUCAACAUCAUUAUUACGUGAACCAGGGGCCAUAAACCACUUUGUCAAGGGAGCUUCUAGUCAAUUUCCAUUUGCUCCUGGUGGAUUGGAAUCCGAAGUAAUGGUUGAUACUGGAACCGUGAUAAAUAUUAAUGAUAAAGAAGUUGCAAAUAUUUCAUUGAAUUUUGAAGACGAUGAAAUAUUAUCAAUACCUCCAGGCUUUGAUCGUGGCUUGAUAUUUGAAGACGGACAAAAUCGUCAAAUUCGAGUUCCAAAAAAUAAAUUGACAAGUUUAAAUAUUACUGAUAUGAUAUCUAAUGAUGAAAAUGAACUGGCUGAAUUCCUUGAACCGUUGAAUGAAUCGGAAUAUAUUCGAGGUGUUUUAAAUAAAGAAUCACAAGAGAACAUUGAAGUCGUAGAAUUGGCAAAAGACGAAGAAACAAAAAAAGAUAUAACAGAUGUAGAAGAUUCUGUUGAUAACCUUCUACCAACUCGGGCAUCCCCACUUAAAGGCUUAGGUGCAGCAAGUAAAGCAAAUACCGCUGCAGUUCGAAAGCGUAAUUGGGCUCAUGAUAUUGAUGUCAAUAUUGAAUUAUCGAACUUUGAAGAGCUGGUUCCAGAAAUGGCUUUUAAUUAUCCGUUUGAAUUAGAUACAUUUCAAAAACAAGCAAUUUAUCAUUUAGAAAGUGGUUGUUCCAUCUUUGUAGCUGCCCAUACUUCAGCCGGUAAAACAGCGAUUGCUGAAUAUGCUAUAGCUUUAUCUGCUAAACAUAUGACGCGAGCUAUAUAUACGUCUCCGAUAAAAGCUCUUUCUAAUCAAAAAUAUGGAGAAUUUAAGAAAAAUUUUGAAGUUGGUAUACUGACAGGAGAUGUACAAAUCCAUCCUGAAUCUUCCUGUUUAAUUAUGACAACAGAGAUUUUAAGAUCAAUGUUAUAUAAAGGAGCUGAUCUAAUUAGAGAUGUCGAAUUUGUUAUAUUUGAUGAACGUGGUGUUGUGUGGGAGGAAGUUAUUAUUAUGUUACCCGCUCAUGUAAAUCUUAUUCUUUUAUCGGCUACUGUACCGAAUACCAAAGAAUUUGCUGAUUGGGUUGGGCGAACAAAGAAGAAAGAUAUUUACGUGAUUAACACACCGAAACGUCCAGUGCCACUUGAGCAUUACAUAUAUGCUAAUAAAGAAAUUCAUAAAAUUGUCGAUGAAAAUAGCAAAUUCCUAGAACAAGGGUAUCAAGAGUGGAAGAAAGCUUAUGAUCCAGCAAAGAAAGAUAUGGGACUAAAAGGCAAUACUCGUGGAGGACGUGGAGGGCGUGGAGGACGUGGAAGCGGAACACGAAGCCGUGCGGAACUUCUUAGUAGUUUGGAUCUUUGUAAUGCUGCUGAGCAAAGUAAAAUUUGUAUUACUAUCGAGAAUAGUUUGAAGCGACUAAAUGGAACUAAUAAGGAUUUGUCUCAAGUGUUGAAAAUGAAAAGUUGGUUGAAACGAGGCAUUGCUGUGCAUCAUAGUGGAUUACUUCCAAUAAUUAAAGAGAUGGUAGAAAAGUUAUUUAAAGAUGGACUCGUUAAAGUUCUCUUUGCUACAGAAACUUUUGCUAUGGGUGUAAAUAUGCCAGCACGUACAGUUGUCUUUUCUGGUAUAAAAAAACAUGAUAGAGAAGGUCUUCGUGAAUUAAAUCCAGGAGAAUAUACACAAAUGUCUGGACGUGCCGGAAGACGUAAUAAAGAUCAUACUGGAGUUGUUAUUAUUCUUCCUGACCGUCGCGAUAAAAUUCCCGAAGUAUCAUCGCUUAAAAAUAUGAUAUUGGGAAAACCUACGAAAUUGGAAUCACAAUUUCGUCUUACUUAUAAUAUGAUACUUAAUUUAUUGCGUGUUAGAGCUUUACGUGUUGAAGAGAUGAUCAAGCGAAGUUUUUCCGAGAAUGCAAGUCAGAAAAUAUUACCAGACCAACAGGAAGAGUUUAUGAAGAAUGAAAAAUCUUUUAGUGAAUUAAAAAAACUUGAUUGUACUAUAUGUAAUCGUGAUAUCAAUGAAUAUUAUGAUGCCUCGACAACUAUUGCAAAAAUUAAUCACCAUCUUUUAGAAAAAAUUAUUAUUAAUCCUUUAGGACUUAAAGUAUUAAGUCCGGGAAGAGUAAUUGUUAUUAAUAGCGGUUCUUAUAGGAAUGUAGCAGCUGUUAUAUUGAAAUCCGCACCAGCAGGUCCUAAAAUUGACAAAUCAUUUUGGGUCUUUAUGCUCUUAGAUGAAAAUACAAUUCAAUCCGAACGAGAAGGUUUAGCGCCACUUCCCGUUACAAGACUAUCUAUUCCUAAUCCAAGUUCUUGUACAUACAAAAUUGAAUACCUUACUUAUAAAAAUAUUGGUUUUAUAACAAACUACAUAAUUAAUUUUGAUAUUUACGCUAUAAUGGAACAGAAUGAUCAACAUGAAAUUUCUAAUUUGAUGCAAGAAUUGCUGCGAUAUGCAACACAAAAUAGAAUUAAUGAAUAUGACUGGUCAAAGAUAAAAGAGUACAAUUUUCAACUUGAAUUGAUAAAGAAAAACAAAUUAAUGAAUGAAUUGAAUUCAUUUCACUGUAUAAUAUGUCCAGAUUUAAUCGAACAUUACGGACAUAUACAUGGAGAGCGUGAGCUUAAAGCAAGAAUUGACGAUCUAAAACAUACAAUAUCGGAUCAAAAUCUUGAAUUAUUACCAGAUUAUGAACAAAAGAUUGAAGUAUUAAAGAGAUUAAAGUAUAUUGAUCCGAAUGGUACAUUACAAUUGAAAGGCCAUGUCGCUUGUGAAAUCAAUUCAGCUGAUGAAUUGGUUCUUACCGAAUUAAUUCUUGAAAAUGAAUUUAAAGAAUAUGAACCAGAAGAAAUUGUUGCUUUGUUGUCAUGCUUCGUAUUUCAAGAGAAACGUUUUUGUGAUCCAAAUCUUACAACAAAAUUAAUGGAAGGAGUAGAAACUAUAAAGAAAUUUGAAAAAAACAUUGCUAAAGAAUGUGAUCUUAAUGAAGAUGAUAUAAAAAUUAACAUUGGAUUAGUUGAAGUCGUUUAUGAAUGGGCUAAAAAAGAAAUGGAUUUUAAAGACAUUACCGAAUUAACUGAUGUAUUAGAAGGGUCAAUCGUAAGAUGUAUUACAAGAUUAGAUGAAACUUGUAGAGAAGUUAUAAAUGCAGCUAGAAUGAUCGGUGAUUCUUCUUUAUCUAAAAAAAUGAAAGAAGCUCAGUCAUCUAUUAAACGUGAUAUUAUAACUACUAAAAGUUUG